CGUGUUGCUGCAACGUGACCACAGCGCUACGCUAAGAACCCGAACAGUAUUGGCCAAAGUGAAAGAGCUGACGGCGAGAAAGCUUUUCUAUUCAAUUGCGUUUUGGCUGUCUAAGCUAACGGUUGUCUUGAAAAUCUAACAACGGAUAAAACUAGAAAAACACAAAAUAAAUAUAUUGAACGCUGAGAGAGAUAGAUACGUGAAUAAUAUAAACAACAAGCCAGAAUAAGUUUUGUAGAAUACAAAUAAUCAGAAAAAAAGAACAAAUCACAGAACAAAAAAUCAGUUAAGAAAAAAAAACAACGUGAGCGUAACGUGUAACGUAAUAAAUACCUUAUAUGGACGUUUUUUAAAUGGACUCGCAAGAAAUCUAGAACUAGAACGGCCAACAACAAAGAACAUUGUUUUUCGUGGAAUCAUCAUCGCCAGGCAUUAUCGUUGUAUCGACGAGGUGCAUUUGAGUGCCGGUCGGGUAAUAAAACCCCAAAAGUCUAAAACGCAAAUCUUGGCCAAAACAAUUCUUGGUAAAAAAAAUGGAAUCAUCCUCAUCAAAAUAAACAACAGUUCAUGUGAAAAGAACGAAAGAAAGAAAGAGAGAAAUCCCCUCACCAAUAAAAUUGUGAACAGCAAAAAAAAAAAAAACAAAGAAUUGCAGCAGCAAUUCUCUGAUGUCGUCUGCAAAUCUGAAAACAAAUUUCAAACAAAGUGCAAAGAACUUUAGAAAAUGUGACAAUUGAAAUAACAUAAAAAAAAUAUAUAAAAUCAAUUUUUAAAUAAACAAAUCACAGUUGAAUGGACUGAAUGUCUAACUUGAGUGUCGGACGUCUCAAAGAAAGAAAAAACAAUAAAAACAACAAAAACACACCAAAAUCAGCAAUGCGCAAUUAAUUUGAAAUUGAAAUUUUGAAAUUGCCUAAAAACAAGCAACCCAUACAUUGACACACAGAAGUGAUUUAAUGCACACAUGUGGAAAAUAUUGAAAACAAUUACAAAACCUGAACAACAGCAACAACAACGUAUUUUCUCAGCAGAUAAUUGAGUUUCAAUAAAAUGUCGAUUGUCUGCACUUUGGAGCAAAAAGUGAAUUUAUUUAAAGGUCCUGUGGCUACCAAGAAUUUACUUAUUUUAAAGAAUAACAUUAACAACAAUCCACAAAUAACACCAGCAGCAACAACAACAACAGCUAAUUCAACAACUAACAGCACCAACAACAAUUAUUCAUCAGCUGUUACAACCUUGCCCUCAGGCAAAUUACUAACGGAUAUUAAAAGCUCUUCGUCAUCGUCAGGAGCACCAAUUUCGGUGUCAUCCCUCAAGGAAAAAUCUUUGCUUUCAUCGGCGCCCAAUCAUCUAAUUAAGGGUCAGGAUUUCAAGAAUCGUUUAACUGUAACACCCACCACGGAGCUGCUACAGUUACAUCAGCAACAACAACAACAGCAGCAACACCAGCAACAUCUUCUAUUAACGGCCGUAGCAAAUAUGCCAGAAGUACUGCAAGCCGCAGCUGCCAACAGUUUGACAAGUAACUCCACAAAGUAUCACAGCAACCCAGCCCAAGGCCUGGUAACUCCGGCCACUGCUGCCGCCAUGGUUCGUAUGUCCACCAUGUCGCCCACACUUUCAAUGAACGGCAGCUCCAAUGAGGCCACAAAUGUUCACAGCCUAUCCAUGUACAAUGGGCCGGUUAGUCCCCAAUCCAGUGAUUCGGGCCACAGCAUGUCCGACAUGCAGCACAACAAUUACAUGAACUAUAACCCCGAUUUCACGGGCAUGACCAAACAACAGGUCAGCGCCGCCAAGGAAUUAUUUUCGCAGCGCAAACAACGAGAAUUCACACCCGACUGCAAAAAAGAUGACAGCUACUGGGAUCGUCGUCGGCGCAACAAUGAGGCGGCCAAGCGCAGCCGUGAGAAGAGACGUUACAACGACAUGGUUUUGGAACAGCGCGUGGUCGAACUGACCAAGGAGAACCAUGUCUUGAAAGCCCAAUUGGAUGCUAUCAAGGACAAAUUUAAUAUAUCCGGUGAAAACCUUGUGAGUGUGGAACAGAUCUUGGCCUCUUUGCCCACCAGUGAACAGGUUUUGAGCACAACAAAACGCUCCAAGCUCUCCACGCCCGCUACCAAUUUCAAUGGCAAUGCCAACUAUGGCACCUCCGGCAACAACCUGCAAGCGCAAAGAACUUCAGUGGAUGUCCUCAGUUCCUCCCACAAUGACAAAUUAACCGCCCAAAGUGUUAUCAAGCCGAAUGGUGCAGUGGCGGCGCCAUCUGUGAAUGGAGUUUCUCCCCUGCAUCAUCUGCCCUCCGCAAUAAAUGCAGCUGCCGCAGCCGGUCAUCAGCCCAGCAUACAGGCCACCCAGGCCUUAUAUGUGCCGGCAUCAGCAGCUUCAGCUGUUUAUGUUCCCGCCAACAUAAACGAAAGCCUAUCGUCCAAUACACCUCCCCACCAACAUCAUUCAGUGGUAGCUGCCGCAGCAACCACCACAACCAGUCUCGUCCCCACACAACCGCCCACUCCAAAUCUACAGAAUUUACACGUCCUUCAAGCCCUGAAUAGGAACUGUGAUUUUGAGAACAUACGCAAGGUUGUGGCAGCUGCCGCUGUUGCCAGCAAUGCUGCUGCCGCCGAUCUACCGUCCACUGUGAGUGGCCUGUAUGUGAAUCCCCAGGGAGCAGCUGCUGCAGCCAUCUAUGCCGGAGCCACACAACAUGUCCACAACCCCUUGUACACAAAACUCAGCAAAGAAGAGCACAGCUAUUUGCCAGCCACCAUGGUAGAGGGUCCAAUUGUUAGCUCCAGUGCUGGUGACUCGGUCAGCUCUUCGUCGCCCCGAGAAACAGCCAGCGUUUUGAAUCUGUCACGCCGAGCCAGUAGUCCCACAGCCUAUGAGCAUAUGCUGUCGUCCACCACACCAACAUCCUCUCGUCUGUCCUCCGCCAUGUCAUCGGCAUCGUCUUCGGGCGCUGUGUCGGGUGAUGAUGACCAUGAGGCCGACAAUGAAAUGGCCGAAGAGACUAAUGAACACAACCUCGCCAGUACCACAACAAGUCCUCACAGCAACGACUCCAACAACUGCUUGCCUCUGAAGCUAAGACACAAAUCUCAUUUGGGUGAUAAGGAUGCUGCUGCCACAGCCUUGUUGGCUUUGCAGCACAUCAAACAGGAGCCAAUCAGCAAUCGGGCAUCACCACCAGCCUGGGCUGAUAAUUCGGGCGACAAUUCAAGUGAUGAACGCGACUCGGGCAUCUCAAUACCCAGUCCCGAAUGGGCCGCCCAGUUCCAAAGAAAGGAUACCUGUACGGCCACAGCCGUGGUAACGGUGACACCCUCAGAGAGGGAGCACAUACUGAAGUCCAAAUUGGCCCGACUGGAAUCCGAGGUGGCAACCAUUAAAAAUGAUUUAUACAGCCGAUCGAAGUGUUGUACAUAAAUUGAGAGUGACACAAAAAGAGAGUGAAUGCGAGAGAGAGAGCGAGACAGAUUGUUUUGAGGUCAUGUUAAAGUUUUCACAUUGAAAAAUGAAAUUGAACCCCUGAAAGGAAAAGGGAUACCUUUUACUAAAAUUCUUGCAAAACUUUUCAAUUUAUUUAUUUCGUUUAAAAUACAAGGAGAGAGAGGAUAGACAAUAAUUAGACAUGUUAGGAAUAAAAAAAAAAAAAAAACAAAAAAACAA